AUGACCAGCCCAGACCUCGCCGCGACCGUUCACCACUCCGGGGGCAGCUACCCCGUCAUUGCCGGCUGGGGCAUCAUCGAACGGCUGGGCGAGCACAUCGCGGAACUCGGGUUGGGCAACACCGCCUACAUCGUCACUGACGAGAACGUCAUGCGGCCCUACGGGAGGAACGCCCAAUGGGCCUUGCAGAGGGCAGGGAUCGCAGCCCAUUGCUUCGUCAUUCCCGCGGGGGAGACCAGCAAGUCCUUCCAGCUGGCCCAGGAAAUUUACGAGUGGCUGGUGGGUCUGAAAGCCGAGCGCGGCCAGCCGAUCAUCGCCAUCGGCGGCGGCGUGGCCGGCGAUCUGGGCGGCUUCAUCGCCAGCACCUUCCUGCGCGGGGUACCCUUCGUGCAGGUGCCGACCAGCAUGGCCGCCAUGGUGGACGCGUCCAUCGGCGGCAAGGUCGCGGUGAACCUCCCCCAGGCCAAGAACAUGGUCGGCGCGUUCUACCAGCCCGCGAGCCGUUGGGCCGAGGCCAUCAAACACGGCCUGAUCCUGGAUCCGUCGCUGGUGGACGUAUUCGAGGAGCACGCCGAGGCGCUGAUGGAUGUGGAACCGGAGAUCUCCACCGAGGUGAUCCGGCGGAGCAUGGCCAUCAAGGCCGACGUGGUGAGCCAGGAUGAACGGGAAACCCUGGGCGUCCGCAUCCUGCUGAACUACGGGCACACCAUCGGCCACGCACUGGAAGCGUCUACGGAGUACGGCCGGUUCAUGCACGGAGAGGGCGUGUCGGUGGGCAUGAUGGGCGCCGGACGCAUCGCUCGCGAGAUGGGCAUGAUCGGCGACGACAUCCUGGAGCGGCAGCGCGUCCUGCUGCAGCGGUUCAACCUGCCCAUCACCGCCCGGGGCGUUGACCUGGACGGGGUACGGGCAGCCAUGUCGCUGGACAAGAAGACCGUGGGAGGCGCGAACCGCUGGGUGCUGCUGGAGGACGUGGGCCGCGCCACCGUCCGUCGGGACAUUCCCGGCGAAGUGGUGGAGGACACGCUGGCCUGGCUCACCGAAUAA